GCGAGGGAGGGAGGCAGGUCGGGGCCGGCCCACAAACUGCUGCGCCUGUCGCUGCGCUCCUGCUCGCCGGCAUCAUGCUCCAGUUCCUGCUUGGCUUUACUUUGGGCAACGUGGUUGGAAUGUUUCUGGCACAGAAUUACGACAUACCAAACCUGGCUAAAAAAAUUGAAGACAUUAAAAGGGAAUUGGAAGAUAAGAAGAAGCCCCCGAGGUCAUGAGGCCCCUCCCAGCGCCAUCUACUGGAUCUGCUGACUCGGCUGCAUUUGGGCCCCCUUUACGAUUGAACCAAAAGCUUUGGUUUUAACCUCUCGUCUCCAUGAUUUUCUUCUUUGCUAAACCUUGCGUUGCCUUAGAGUGCAGCGGGGCCAUACUUUCUGAACCUCCCUGACCUCUCCAGUGUCUUCACAUCUUCCUGUCCUCCUCCCAGACAGCUGGGAGCCUCAGACUGGAAAUUCUGGUGCUAGAUUAGUGUGAACAUGACCUUUAGUGCUCCCUUGUUCUUCGGAAUUCUACCACCAUUUUUUUUUCCAGAAGAGAAGAUUGAUGAGCUUCCUGUUGCUGAUCAGAUAGACGUAAUGCUGAUUCCAGGGUUUGGCAACUAUUGUGGGUGUCUAAAUGGGCCAUACCAAAUGAAGUCAUUUUGAUGUAACUACCAUUGAAAUGUAGAAGCCUUUUUGUGGUGGAUUAUCCAUUUAUAUUGACAGGCAGUUUCUAAUUGGCUUACUGGCAGUUCACCAGUAAGUCAAUUGGCUAUUUAGGAACUGGGGAAUUAAAAAAAUACAUUUUAAAAAAACAUGGUCUUUGUCCUCACUUACCCUGAGACUGUAGUAUGCAUGAUUUUCCUUUUUGAACUUGAUUUUGCUCUUUGCCUUCAAGAGAAUCAGAUUUGUAAAGGACAAAGAAAAAGUUUGUUUGCAUUAUAUGAUGAUGAUAAUUAUCUCUAAAAGAAGGUCUAUGCUUUUAUACAUUUACAUUAGAACUUUUCAAUGGUUCUUAUAAGAAAAAUUUGGUCCUAAUGUAUAAUAAAACUGGGUCUCAAGAAGU